AUGGCUACCAUCAACAUAGGAAACGCUAGCCCGACAGAAGAUAUCAGACAGUACGACAUAAAACACGCCGCUAUCCACAUCCAACCGGUGACUCUCGAUACGCCAACAUUGACACCUGCCGCAACACCAGAGGACGCUUCACCGGCAGAAGAAACAAUGGCGGGCAAGAAGAUAUACUCGAUGGAGCGACCGGACGACAGGGCAAGACAACUCGCGGCGAAGCUGACUUUAGAAGAACAGAUCUCACUGCUUGCAGGAGCGGACUUCUGGCGGACAGUAGCCAUACCCGAGAAGGGCAUACCGUCAAUCAAGACAUCUGACGGGCCCAAUGGCGCUCGAGGAGAGUUCUUCACCAACGGCACACCUGCUGCCCUGUUCCCUUGCGGCAUAUCCAUGGCUUCCACGUGGAACGUGGAUAUGAUCGAGGAGAUCGGCCGUCAUCUGGGAGAAGAAUCGAAGGCACGUGGCGCUCACGUAUUGCUUGCACCCACGGUGUGCAUGCACCGAUCCCCUCUCGGUGGCCGCAACUUCGAGUCGUAUUCUGAAGAUCCUUUCCUUACCGGAAAGCUUGCUGCAUCGUAUGUUCGCGGUCUCCAGAGCAAAGGUGUCGCCGCUACGAUUAAACAUUUCCUUGGCAACGAGCAAGAAACUGAGCGACAGGCAUACGAUGCCAUCAUUGCUGAGAGGCCUUUGCGUGAAAUCUACCUGAAACCCUUCGAGAUAGCUGUUCGAGACGCAUCACCAUGGGCGCUCAUGAGUGCUUACAACAUGAUCAAUGGUAUUCACGCUGACGAGUAUGAGCAUUCGAUCAAGGAGGUCCUUCGAGGGGAGUGGAAGUGGAAUGGUGCAAUCAUUUCUGAUUGGACCGGCACAUAUGCGACUGCACCGUCAAUAAGAGCUGGUGUUGACAUUGAGAUGCCAGGACCAUCAAAGUGGCGCAAAGUCGAGCAAGUUAAGGAGUGUUUAGAGAAUGGCGAGCUAACUCAUGGUGAUAUUGAAGAAUCGGCCGCCAGAGUUUUAUAUCUCGUGGAUCGUGUCAAGGGGCUAAACAACAUGACACCCGAAGAGCCAGAGCAGUCUAUCGACAACGUUGAGACACGGAACCUUAUUCUUCAAGCUGGUAUUGAGGGAUUGACGCUUCUGAAGAACGAGAACAAUGUGCUUCCCAUCAAGAACGCGAAGAAGAUUGCGAUGAUCGGGCCGAAUGUCAAGCGAGCUAUCGCCAGUGGAGGGGGAAGUGCAGGUCUCAAUCCCUAUUACAACGUUACCCCUUGGCAAGGCCUUCAAAAUCGAUUCGACGGCGAGAUUACGUUUGCCCAAGGCUGCGACAGCUCCAAAUGGCUACCGCUCGCCUCCCCGUACUGCCAAUCCAAUGGCGAAACCGGUGUGCAACUAGAGUACUACAAGGGCGACAGAUUCGGGGGUGAGCCAGCGGUCAUUCAGCACAAAGUCAGCACAGAUUUGUGGCUGUGGGACUCUGCGCCAAUGGAACUUCUUCCAGACUUCUCCUUUAAAGUCAAGACUACACUCACUCCCAAGUCGACCGGUAACCACAGUUUUAGCUUUGCUUCAGUUGGACCAGGGCGCAUGUUCAUCAAUGGCGACAUUUUCAUUGACAACUGGGAUUGGACUCAAGAGGGUGAGGCUAUGUUCUCUGCUUCAGAGGAUGUACUCAAGUCAAUCCACCUGGAGGCAGGCAAGUCAGUGGAAAUUCUGAUUGAAAGCACCAACGAAGUACGGCCUGCAUCGAAAGUUUCGGUCAUCGGUCGUCGCCACGACUAUGGUGGCUGUCGGAUUGGCUACCAAGAGGAGGACAAGAUAGAUCGUUUGCAAGAAGCUGCUGAUACAGCGCGCGACGCAGAUGUCGCUGUAGUUGUUGUUGGGCUUGACGCCGAGUGGGAAUCAGAGGGUUACGACAGACAAACGAUGGAUCUUCCGAAGAACGGCUCGCAAGAUCGCCUGAUCGAAGCUGUUCUAGCUGCCAACCCACGCACCGUCGUCGUCAAUCAAUCCGGAACACCUAUUACCAUGCCAUGGGUACAGAAGGCACCAGCCAUCCUCCAGGCAUGGUACCAAGGACAGGAAGCCGGAAAUGCUCUUGCGGAUGUACUACUGGGCAAAAGUAGCCCUAGUGGGAAACUGCCAACGACUUUCCCUGUUCGGAUUGAAGACAAUCCUGCGUACCACAACUGGCCUGGCGAGAACUUGAAGACCGUCUAUGGCGAGGGGAUUUACGUGGGCUACAGGCAUUAUGAGCGUUCCAAGAUCGCACCACUCUUUGCCUUUGGACACGGUCUUACAUACACCACUUUCGAAUACAAAACACCAAGCGCUAGCGAUACUGUGCUUCAAGAGGACGGAGAGAUCAUUAUCACGGUACCAGUCACCAACAGCGGCUCAGUAGCGGCGCAUGAGAUUGUUCAGGCAUACGUAAAAGACGUCAAGUCGACACUCCCACGUCCCGAGAAAGAACUUCAGGCUUUCGGCAAGGUAUUCUUGCAGCCUGGCGAAACGAAAGACGUAAUCUUGACGCUCAACAAGUACUCCGUCGGAUACUUCGACACAAGUCUCGGCCAGACAGGUGCUUGGAUUGCAGAGGAAGGAGAAUUUGAAGUGUUGAUUGGUGCCAGCAGUGCUGAUAUCAGGUCGAAACUGAACUUCGAGCGCAUCGUGACGGGUGGCCGCCGUCGCAGGCGGCCGCAGGUGGACAGGGUCAGCAGCAAACAGAGCAGGGCCAAGGACAGGCGUCGCGACCUCUGGGUCCCUAUGGGUGCGUACUCGCCUCCCGCUCUCUCCUCCAUAACAGACACGAUGGGCGAAGAUGCUUCUGAGCUCCUCUUCGCACCACUAUUUGAUUGUAUUCAAGCUGACUUUGCGAGCGAUGACAGGCCAAACAACGCGACUCCACAGGGUCCUCCACAUGCGUCACCCGCACAGGGUUCUGGACCAGUACUCCCACCACCAUCUGGUGGCGGGUAUUACUCGUCAAACGCCGCGACGGCCCACAACCAGAACCUCCCCACACUUCCAGGGCUGACGGCGCAACCUCAGCACUCAUCACCUCACAUGUCCGCCCAACGACCGCCAUCUUCAGACGCGGGAGCGCAGGCUCAACAAGGCCCCCAAGCCCCUCCAUACUCGUUACCGGGCAUAUCGCAAACUCUCCAGCAGCAGCAGCAGCAACAACACUUGCCGACUUCGGAGCAGGCCAGUGCCGACAGAGAGCGCGAGAUGCGCGAACGCGAGACCAGAGACAGAGAGAUGGAUUCGCACGCACUGCACCAGCAAGAAGAGAUUGUCAAGCGCGAGACGGAACAGCGGGAUCGAGAGAUCCAUGAGCGACAGCAGCGCGAGCACGCUGCGCAUCAAAACCACUCAGCGCCAAUCCAAAUACACCAGCCCGUGGCAGUAGCACCAUCGACGCGAACGAUACACGGUCCGAACGGUCUGUUGGGUCAAUCGGGACCCAUGAACGGACCCCUCGCGCCACCCAUGGGUGGUCCCAACCCGAGUGGCCCCAUGUAUGGGAAUGCGCCCGCGCAACAUGAGCAGACUACACCACGCAUGCAGCACGCGGUGCAGGCACCUACCCAGGCUCAGAUGUUGAUGCCUUUCGCCGGCCCUCCUGGAUCUAUGGCCAUGGGUCAGGGACAGCAGCCAAUCCUCAACGAUGCCUUGAGCUAUUUGGACCAGGUCAAGGUUCAGUUCGCAGACCACCCCGAUGUAUACAACCGAUUCCUUGACAUCAUGAAAGACUUCAAGAGUGGUGCGAUUGACACUCCGGGGGUCAUUGAGAGGGUAUCAACUCUUUUCGCGGGCAAUCCGGCCUUGAUCCAAGGCUUCAACACGUUUCUGCCACCCGGUUACAAGAUUGAGUGUGGCACUAACGGUGACCCAAAUGCCAUUAGAGUGACGACGCCAAUGGGUACCAUGGUAUCGACUAUGCCUGCUCCAAGGCCGCUUUCACCGCCACGCAGCAGCGCCGUCAACGGUAGCAACGGUCCCCAACACGAAGGUACUUACUACGAGACUGCUCAGGGACGCCCUUGGCCCCAGCAACAGAGAGUUCAGGGACCUGAAGGACAGGAAUCAAUGUUUUCACCAAGCAACCGCACUCUCGGACAACCUCUGUAUGGGCCGCAGCAGGGCCCGGCACCGCAUUCGCCAGAGGCUACCUCACGUCCUCAUCCUGACCCUGCCGGAUCAGCCGCUGCGCUAGCCCACCAGCAAGAGCAGAGAGGAGUUUCUCAAUUACAGAACGCAGUAUCGGCUGCGACUGGUCGCUCAAUGAUGUCACCGAGUGUUGAUCCAAGUACCUCAUUGCAAGGACAAGCCAUGAAUGGUGCUGCUCAGCUCCCACAGAUGGGUGGGGCGGCAGCUGAGAAGAGAGGGCCUGUUGAGUUCAACCAUGCCAUCAGCUAUGUGAACAAAAUCAAGAAUCGAUUCGCAGCUCAUCCUGACAUCUACAAAAACUUUUUGGAGAUACUACAGACCUAUCAGCGAGAAUCGAAACCCAUCCAGGACGUAUACGCCCAAGUGACCCACCUGUUCGGCGGCGCGCCCGAUCUACUUGAGGACUUCAAGCAAUUCCUUCCGGAAUCGGCUGCUCAGCACAGGGCGCAACAGCAGGCUGCCAAGAAUGCUGCCGAAGACGCAGUCAUGCUCAGCAACGUACGAGGCGAAUCAGGUUAUGGCGCGGCCGCGAACCAACAAACUCCUGGUCGUGCGGAUACAUCUCGACUGCCACCGAUGGGCAACUUUGCGCCUACACCUACCGCGAAUCGCGACAACAAGAGGAAGCGCGACCGACAGGGGCCUGUGGCUGCGCCCAUGCCCCCGUCCAUGCCACAGGAACUACCGACCUCGAACGUUCGCGGCGGUUACAACAACCAGGGAAGCGUCAACAAGCGCGCGAAAACCGGACAUGGCGCAAAGCAGGCAAUUCCCGAUGGUCCACCAGUGUCACCUACUCUGACACCUGCGCUGCCUGAGCCGAUGCCACCGACGACUACUACGUCACCCAACCAAGAUGAGCUUGCAUUCUUUGACCGCGUCAAGAAAUUUAUCGGAAACAAGAACACGAUGAAUGAGUUCUUGAAGCUCUGCAAUCUUUACUCGCAAGAUCUGAUCGACAAGCAAUUGCUGAUUUACCGCGCGGCAUCAUUCAUCGGAGGAAACCAGGAACUGUAUGCCUGGUUCAAGAAGUUCAUGGGCGAAGAUGAAGAGCAACAGAAGACCCGUCCAAAGACUGUAAACUCUCGUGUCUCGCUAUCGAAUUGUCGCAGCCUCGGUCCCAGCUAUCGCCUGCUCCCUAGGCGUGAGCGCGAGCGUGUAUGUAGCGGGCGCGACGAACUGUGCCGAUCGGUCCUAAAUGACGAGUGGGCGUCCCAUCCGACAUGGGCUUCCGAAGAUUCUGGUUUUGUCGCCCAUCGCAAGAACACGUUUGAAGAGGGCUUGCACCGAAUCGAAGAGGAGCGCCAUGACUACGAUUUCAAUAUCGAGGCAUGCAGCCGCACGAUUCAACAGCUUGAACCAAUCGCCAAUCAGCUUCUUACGAUGAAGCCGGAGGAUAGGAAUGGAUUCACGCUACCGCCUGGACUUGGUGGACAGAGCGAAACAAUCUACAAGCGGGUUAUCAUGAAGAUCUACGGCCGCGACAGAGGAAAGGACGUGAUUAAGGAGCUCUUCGCUAUGCCCUGGAGCGUUGUUCCUGUACUUCUUCACAGGCUGAAGACUAAGCUUGAGGAUUGGAAGGCCGCUCAGCGCGAGUGGGAGAAGGUCUGGCGCGAUCAAACGCAGAAGAUUUUCUGGAAAUCCCUGGACCAUCAGAGCAUUACAGUCAAGCAGGCCGACAAGCGACAGUUCCAGCCCAAGUCACUCACAAACGAGAUCCAAGUCCGGUACGAAGAACAGAAGCGACUUCAGCAGAUUCAAGAGAUAUCGCAGCCGGACUACCAAUUUGCCUUUUCCUUCAGAGACGAGGAGGUACUCUUCGACGUAGCUCGAUUGAUGCUCACCUUCGCCGACAACAACAACAGUGCCGACUUUGCCAAAGUUGUGCCUUUUAUCAAAGAGUUCGUUCCUCUAUUCUUUGGCAUAGAUACCGCCAAAUUCGAGCAACGGGUACAGACGUCGGGACGCGAUACACCAAACGAUUCUGGCGAGGACACACCUUCUCCCGACGACGAUGUCUCUCAGCGCUCGCAGAAAGGAAAGAAAGGCGACCUCCGCCGCACCAUUCUCGACCCCAACAACAAGCCACGCAAGGACAAGGAAGACAGCGUUGCGUCGGCGAGUCGGGACAGUACUCCAGAUACAUCCGGCAUGGACGAUGAGGCUGCUGGCGACAGCUCGAACUCCAACCCUCAUGCGGAUCAACCAAAACGUGAAUGGAUAGAAUAUGUUACUACCCCCACGGCUUUUGGCGAUAAGGAGUUCGAACAUGAAGAACCAUACCAACGCGUAGAGUUCAACAUGUACUCGAAUGCUUCCAUCUACUGCUUCUUCCGCAUGUUCGUCAUGCUCUACGAAAGGUUGUUGAAGCUCAAAGAGAGUGAGGAGGAGGUCCGAAAGGUCAUCAAUCGGGCCAAAGAGCCCAAAGCAGCGCAGAAGUUGAAGAUGCUUGACAAGCAGCCUGAAGACUUCUUCAAGGACACAUCGUCAUCAGCGAACUACUAUCAACAGCUGCUCGACAUGUUCACAGAACAGAUAUCUGGCGACGUGGACAUGAACUUCAUCGAGGAGACCCUACGCAGGUAUUAUCUUCAGAUUGGAUGGCAGCUAUACUCGUUCGACAGGCUGCUCAGCUCGCUUGUCCGGUUUGCGCUCGCUGUAGUGAGUCACGAUAACAAGGAUAAGAGCCUUGAUAUCUACAACCUCUUCAGGAAGGACCGCGUCAACGAUACUACAACUCACAAGAACGAGAUUAGCUAUAGAAAGGCGGUCGAGAAGUUUGCCAAGGAUGCUGACACCUACCGUAUCACAUACAACCCCACCAAGAUGGAAGCACACGUACGCCUCUUCAAGAAGGAUGACCCAACCUUUGAGUUCAACACGCUCGACCGAGUGAAGCGCUGGCGAGCAUACGUCGCCUCCUACAUGGCUGUGGAACCCACUGAGGAAGUUGACCUGUCUCGCGUACACUACCCUUACCUUAAGAAGCGCCUGGCCAGAACCGACGACCUCUCAGAGGAAGAACGAUUUGAUCACGUCAAGCAUAGCGACAAGAUCACAGUCUCCAUCAGCCCCUCUGCUUACAUCAUGACCUUCAUCAACAGCGAACCCUUCGGCACUGGUGGCGUUCAGUACUUUGUGCAGCCAGACGCCGUACGCGCGGGCCUGAGUGAGGCUGUACCGAAGCCGACUGAAGAGUACAAGAAGCUCAACGAUGAACGGAGGGAGAGGGUCCAGGAGAUCCUUGUCAGGAACAACAGCUGGAUGAAGGAUCUUAGCCGCGACGAUGUAGAUGCUAAGAAGGCCGCUUUCAAGAAGGAUCUCGAGGAGCCUAGGAAGGUGGCUGAUAAUGAGGAUGUGGACAUGGAUGGCGCGGACGGUUUCGAUUAA